UGUUGCACUGCACUUGGUCUUCUACUACAUUUUGGGACGUUGUUUUAGCAACUCUUAAAGGGCUAAAUAAGUGGCAUCCAAGUUGAUACUUGAUUGGACGGUUGCCUCCUAGUAUUGACCAACACGAAGGAACUGCCCUAGCUCGUGAUUAUACUGCUACAUAAUGCGGCGCUCAACACAACUUAUCGCCCGGGGUGGCAGGUUCCGAUCAACGAUAUCGGCGCUGCCGGAGGAGGCGGAACAAGGCUGUGUUGCUAUCGCCGUCUCCAUAGCAGCGUUGCCUCCCCAAGUAGCAGCAACCGCAGCUGCCCCAUCCUUGGCGGCGGCAACUUUGACCGGAGCCGGCAGCCCACUGUUGACCCAAACUCGCGGCUUUGCGGCUUCAGGCGCCGGGGCAAGGCGGGGAGGCAGCGGCAUUGGGGGAGAGGCGCCGAGGGAGGUGGUCGAGGCAGACGAAGCGGCACGGCGGGUCAUGUCCGACCCCAUGUCCCGACUCAUGGCGUCCCAAGGCAUGCCGGUGGGCCUUUCCUUCACCGCGGGGACAGCAGCCGCAGCGGGGGCAGCAGCGGGGGCAGCAGGCGGAGGAGGCAGGAGGGGCAAGGGGCCGGUUGUAGACGAGUCUGAGGAGGGCCCCGAGGAGGACCUCACCCGCCCCCCUCGCGCCGAGCCCGCCUACCAGAUGGAGGCUUUCUCGGACAUGCUGCGAGCCACCGCCGCCUCCGCCCGGCGUAACCCCACUGCCGCCGCCACCAGCAGCAGCAGCAGCGGGAGCGGGGAUGAGGGGUUCCUGGCUGGGGUGCAGCAGGUGAGUCCCUCUCUGGACGACAGCUGGGGUACCACCCGGGAGAGCCCCGCGGAGAUCGCUCGACGCAUCGUGGAGAGCAACAGCGCGAUGGCGGCGGCUGCCGGGCGUGCGGGAGGGCUGGCCGAGGAGGAGGGCGAGGAGGAGGAUGAUGGGCCGGAUGUGCCCAUGACUUUGUCUCCCAGUGAGGAGAAGUACAAGAGCCUGGAGGCCAUGAGUGCGGACAUCAAGAAGCUGGAUGAGGUGUUUGAGGUGCUGGCCUCCGUGCCCUGGCUGGACGAGGACGUGCUGGCGGAGAAGGAGCUCAAGGGGGUGGCGCAGGUGGGGCUGCUGGGCACGUUGGAGGAGGUGGGCUUCAACAUCCAGCCGCAGCUGCACCGCAUCUGGUCGGGCGAGCACGGCGCCGAGAUGGCUGCCGAGGCGGGUCUGGAGUUCCGCGACCAGGCCGCCCUGAUGGCCAUCCUGUACCACACGCAGCAGAUCCUCGACAAGUACGGCCCGCCGCCCCGGGGAUACCUGCCCAAGCCGCGGCAGUAGACGGAAAGGGGUGCAUGGGAGAUGCGUUGGGGACGUUGGUUUGGGGUCGAGGUAGUGUUCGGUACCCGGCGCAUGGGUGGUGGGGGGUGGGCGGGUUAGGUCUGUGGCCGUCGGGUUCAGUGAUUUCGAUAGGGGUGGCUACCUGUUACGCUGAUGGGGAAGGCGGUAGUGGGUUGUAAGGGUCGAGACGAGUGGGUCGCAAGGAUAGGAAAAUGGGGCUGGUAGCGGCCUGUGUGCGGCGCUGUGGCAGCUGGUGUGGCAGGAGGACUACAGCCAUGGCGGACUGCGAGGAUUGCGGGCGGUAAGAGGUGUACCAUUGUAGGGGGGUGCGGGUGCCCCUUAUCAACUGCAGGGGCGGCACUGCACUGCUCGGGCA